AUGCGCAAAAAUCGGCACACAUUUACAAUAAUUAUAAUUAGCUUGAUUUUAAUACCAACAAUACCACUUUUAUUAUAUGCUAUUGGACUUUUAUUACCCUCAAGCCAUACCAUUAGUCGUUCAGCAAAAUAUAAUACUACAGCUGAGAUCCUUUGGGCUAUUUUAACAAGUGUUGAAGAUUAUCCUGCUUGGCGUUCAAAUAUUGAUCGAGUAACUGUUCGUAGAGAUGAAUUUGAAGAUGAACUUAACAAAUAUGAUGAUAGCCAUCGACUGACGUUUGUGGAAUAUACCAAAAAAGAUCGCCGUACAGUAGUAAUGCAUAUUGAACAGACAUAUGCAAAAAAAUUGUUACGGGUUUUGGAAGAAAGGCCGUAUAUUGCUCCAGGAGAACAAGUACCUCAAAAGAAUUCUACUUUUACUGGCUCUUGGACAUUUACACUUGAACCUGUUGAAGGGGAGAGAGCAGUUAUAUUGAAGAUUACAGAACAAGGCGUGAUUAAAAAGCCUAUGGUUCGAGUUUCUCAUCGAUUAUUCUUUGGCUAUCAUCGUCGAAUUGAUCGUUUUCUUAAGGAUUUAACAAAAGAAGUCGACUUGGGAAUCCUUGACAAGUUAGAGGAAGAAGAAAGAAAAAACCAAGAAGUAGAGACAAUUCAAGAAGAAGAUGAAUAUGAGGAAAGACCUGACGAAAGCAUGAUUCAAUCGUCUGUUACAGCACCUUUAUUAAAUGAUCAUAUGACAGAGUCAAAAUUACUUGAUAAAGAAUGGGAGAUAAUUAAAGAUUAA